AACAAUAUUUGGGCUGCUUGGACGGGUACUCGUGUUCCGGCCAGACCCUAAAACACGUUAGACGAACACUGAGACCUGCCGCCGCCGCCGAAGCCACGCCGGCCGCCUCCAUGAAAGGCCGCAGCAGCCACCGCGGGACCGCUCCCACCUCCGCCGCGGCCUCGACUUCCAGCAAGCGCGACCCCGAAGACGAGCCCGUCUCAGACUCCGAGGAAUCGGUCGACGAGGAGGAUGUCUCCUCGUCGUCGGGGUCGGAGUCGGAGUCGGAGAACGACCAGUUAGCGGAGCGGGAGCGGAAGCUGGAGCGCGUGCUCGCCGACGUGCCCUUCGGCGAGCUGCAGCGCGCGCGUGCUGACGGGUCGCUCGCGGCGCGGGGUGUUUCUGCUGCCGCCGCGGCCCAGAAGAAGGCUCGCAGGGAGAGCAGGAAGAGGCCCAUGGAGAUUAGCACGAAUGUGCGGCCGCCUAGACUCAGGGAGGUGAUUCAGGUUCCCAAGAAGGUUGUAAGGGAUCCAAGAUUUGAACCUGUAUAUGGAGCUGUUGAUAAAGAAGGGUUCAGGAAAAGAUACAAUUUCUUAUUCGAUCAUGAUCUGCCUGCAGAAAAAGAGAAACUCCAAAAGUCGAUUAAGAAAUUGAAGGAUCCUAAUGCCAUUGAAGAAGCGAAGAAUCAAAUCACCUGGAUUGAUAAGCAGUUGAGGUCUAAUCCUCAGAAGAACGUUGAAUCAGAAAUUCUGCGUGGACAUAUUAAGAAAGAGAGGGAAGCAGCAAAGGCCGGAAAACGACCAUAUUAUCUGAAGAAAUCUGAAAUUCGUGAAAGGAAGUUGAUGGACAAGUACAAUGAGCUCAAGGAGACGGGAAAGCUUGAUUCCUUUAUGGAGAAGCGACGCAAGAAGAAUGCAUCCAAAGAUCAUCGCUUCAUGCCAUACCGAAGGGAUGGGGGUGGUGCAUAACAAUGCCCCUACAGCCGCUUUUCGGGUGAUUCUGGCUAGCCUAUCCUCUGCUCACAGAGUUGUUGUAGCAGCGCUCUCUACUAUCCUGUUGUUGCCCUAGUGUCCCAGAUAUUUAUCAGCAACCGCGAGUUGAAGCUAACCCAUGGACCAUAUAUUUAUUGUUGAGCUCUGGUUGCUGGCAGCAACAAGCAAUUGUAAACCCAAACCAUGGAGAUAAUAUUUUGUUUCAUCUACUGCUUCAAUUGAUGCCAGUCUUUCUGUGUAAUCAAGGAGUAAAGUACACUUGCUUGUUGCAACUGAACAAUAUAUUCCUUUUGUUAGUUUC